AUGUCGCUGGAUGCGUCUUCCGGCAAACAAAUCAUCAACAGAGCCACUCAGCAGAAGACAUUCGACAUCCGCAUCUCCUUCAUAACCAAGUUCCGAAAGUUCAAUAAGCUUGGAACUGUUGCCUCGACGCUUAGCGUGAUACCAAACGUGUCAAUAGGUUCUAUCCAGUGGAUGUUAACCGGACGCAGCCAUAGCGUCUCCGGCGUCGGAAAUGCAGAACCCGUGCUGCACGUGAUGCACUGUCUUGGGAGACAGAUUAUGCAACUGCGUUUGGGCGUGAGGGGGUGUAGGCAUAAGAUGGUGGAUACUGAUCUUGGUUUGCGAGCUUGA